AUGGAGCAAAGUCGCAUUUCUAUUGUUGUCGCCUGCAUUACCUUCGUCUUAAUUGUCGGUCGGAUCCUUCGUCUUGGUAGGAGGCCGCCGAAUUUCCCGCCUGGGCCGCCGACCUUGCCUAUCAUUGGGAACAUUCAUGUACUACCCCAAAAGGAUGCCCAUGUGCAAUUCAACAAAUGGGCAAAGGGGUAUGGGCCUAUCUUCAGUCUCAUAGUUGGCACGCAGACAUUCAUCGUCUUGUCGAGUGAUGUGGUUGUGAAGGAUCUUCUCGAUAAGCGAGGCGCUAUCUACAGCGACCGUAUGGAUGCAUAUCUUGCAAAGUUGUGUAGCGAGGAUCACCACAUGUUGACAAUGGGCUAUGGACCUCAAUGGCGAAUGGCUCGAAAGUUGCUGAACAGCCUCCUCAACGUCAACGUCGCCAGGUCGUAUGUCCGUUACCAGAUGUUGGAAAAUAAGCAAAUGAUGUACGAGCUACUGGAGCAACCUGACAGCUUCCUGGCCAGCCUUCAACGAUAUGCCAAUUCUCUGUCAACAAGCAUGGUCUACGGGCGUCGUACACCACAGCUCGAGGAUCCAUUGAUGAAAGAAAUUCUGCACGGUUUGGAAGAGUUUAGCGAGAUCGCUGCAUCCUUCCAGGCGGCUCUCCUUGAUUGCUACCCUGUGUUGCGACGGCUACCCGACUUCAUUGUCCCGAGAAAGGCCCAGGCUUGA